AUGUGGAGGUUGAAGAUAGCAGAAGGAGGCAAUAACCCGUACUUGUACAGCUCGAGCAACUUCAUUGGGAGGCAAACGUGGGAAUUCGAUCCAAACGGAGGCACUCCCGAAGAGAUCGCCGAGAUCGAAGCUGCUCGUCUCAAUUUCUAUAAAAAUCGCUUCAAGGUUAAGUGCAGCAGCGACCUCAUCUGGCGAUUACAGUUUCUGAGAGAGAUGAAGUUUGAGCAGACGAUCCCAUUGAGAAAAGUAGAGGAAGGGGAGGAGAUAACUAGCGAGAUAGCGACAACUGCCCUGAGGAGGGCAGUACACUUCUAUUCCGCCCUGCAGUCAAGCGACGGGCAUUGGCCGGCUGAGAAUUCUGGCCCUCUUUUCUUUGUCCCUCCCUUGGUCAUGUGCUUAUACAUAACGGGGCAUCUCAACACAGUCUUAUCUCUAGAGCAUCACAGAGAAAUGCUUCGGUACAUUUACUAUCAUCAGAAUGAGGACGGUGGAUGGGGAUUGCAUGCGGAGGGACAUAGUGUUAUGUUCUGCACGACUCUGAGCUACAUUUGCAUGCGCAUCCUCGGAGAAGGACCCGAUGGUGGCAAAAACAAUGCAUGUGCCCGAGCGCGUAAAUGGAUCCUUGACCAUGGCGGUGCUACAUACAUUCCCUCAUGGGGCAAAAUUUGGCUCUCAAUAUUGGGGGUUAUUGACUGGACGGGAACGAACCCAGUGCCACCCGAGUUUUGGAUCCUUCCUUCAUUCCUUCCCAUGCACCCAGGCAAAAUGUGGUGCUAUUGUCGUUUAGUUUAUAUGCCUAUGUCGUACUUGUAUGGAAAGAAGUUUGUGGGCCCAAUCACAUCCCUCGUGCAAGAGCUGAGGGAAGAGCUUCACACUCAACCAUAUGACGCCAUCGAAUGGCAAAAAGUCCGCCAUCUUUGUGCCAAGGAAGAUCUCUACUAUCCCCAUCCUUUAAUACAAGAGUUGUUUUGGGACAGCCUAUACAUAUUCACGGAGCCAUUGCUCAGCCAUUGGCCUUUUAGCAAGUUAAGAGAUAAAGCACUUCAAAUGACCAUGAAGCAUAUACAUUACGAAGACGAGAAUAGCCAAUAUAUUACAAUCGGAUGUGUUGAGAAGGUGCUCUGCAUGCUUGCCUGCUGGGUGGAAGAUCCAAACGGGGAUUAUUUUAAGAAGCAUCUUGCCAGGAUUCCAGACUUGUUGUGGAUUGCUGAAGAUGGAAUGAAGAUGCAAGGUACUGGAUCCCAACAGUGGGACACAAGCUUGUCAAUCCUAGCAUUGCUUGCUAGUAAUCUUCCAGAUGAGAUUGGACCAAUACUCAAGAGAGGACAUGAUUUCAUAAAAAAGUCUCAAAUCAAGAAUAAUCCUUCUGGAGAUUUCAAAAGCAUGUACCGUAAUAUAUCAAAAGGGGCAUGGGCCUUCUGUGAUCGAGAUCAGGGGUGGCAAAUCUCAGAUGGUACAGCUGAUGCUUUGAAGUGCUGCCUACUUUUCUCUCUGAUGCCCCCGGCAAUUGUUGGUGAGAAGCUAGAAGUUGAGCAGCUCUAUGAUGCUGUCAACAUCCUUUUAUCUCUACAGAGUAAAAAUGGCGGGGUAUCACCAUGGGAAUCGGCAAGAGCUGAGAAUUGGUUGGAACUCUUUAAUCCAAUUGAAUUCCUCGCCGACGUUGUGAUUGAACACGAUUAUCUAGAAUGCACUUCAUCAGCUAUACAAGCCCUCAUGUUGUUCAAAAAGUUGUUCCCGGGAUAUAGGAAGAUUGAGAUUGAAAAUUUUGCCACAAAAGCUGCAAGAUAUAUUGAGAGCACGCAAAUGCUCGACGGUUCAUGGUAUGGGAGCUGGGGAGUUUGUUUCACAUAUGGUACAUGGUUUGCUCUAGUAGGGCUAGCAGCUGCAGGCAAGACUUAUAACAAUUGCACAGCCAUUUGUAAAGGCGUGGAGUUUCUGCUUCAAAACCAAUUGGGAGAUGGCGGGUGGGGAGAAAGCUACCUCAGUUGCCCAAAAGUGAAGUAUGUGCCUUUGGAGGACAAUAGAUCGAACUUGGUGCAAACUGCAUGGGCUAUGAUGGGCUUGAUUCAUUCUGGACAGGUGGCAAGGGACCCAACUCCCCUUCAUCGAGCUGCGAAGCUACUAAUCAACUCCCAACUAGAAGAUGGUGAUUUCCCCCAGCAGGAAAUUACAGGAUCAUUCAUGAAGACUUGCAUGUUACACUAUGCAGCUUAUAGGAACAUCUUCCCUUUGUGGGCCCUCGCUGAAUAUCGAAAAUAUGUGCCACUGCCGUGUUCAUAUUAA